AUGGUCGUGAAACUAGCCCACGCUGCGUUGUACGCGGACGUAUACCCGGCGUUGCCUAAAUGCCGUGGAAGACAGAUGGAGUGUGCUGCUGAAAAGCGCCAGAAAUUGAAUGCUUUACCAGCCUUGGUCGAAGAUGAUUCCGAAGUAGAAUCCUAUGAACCCGAAAAUGAGAGGCCCUACAUCAUUCACACCGAACUGCUACGGCAGAAGUCGGUGUCUCCACAACGUAGAGAAAGAAUGCGACGAACUCUAGCUCUCCCAUCUCUAUCUGAAGACGAGGAACCU